AUGAUAGAUUGUACUCCUGAUGUAGGUCACUUUGAACAAGACACUACAGGAAAAGGUGCAACAGAUUUUGUCACUGAAAAACUCAAAGCUCUCGACUUAGAUGUAGACGAUAUUCGGGGACAAUGUUACGAUAAUGGUUCUAACAUGCGCGGUCAAUUAAAAGGAGUACAAAGCAGAAUUUUGCAAAUAAAGCCGAGAGCUUUUUUCGUUUCUUGUAAUCCGCGUAGUCUCAAUUUAGUUGUAAAUGAUGUUGCCAAAGCCAAUGCAGAAACGAUUAAUGUGGCCAGUAAACUUUUGCAGGAUCCUCACAUGAAUCUUCCGGAAUCUGUAGAAAUUCUUGAAGAUUUAAGUACGUUUUUCACUGACAAAAGAACUGACGAAGCUUUCAAAGAAUAUCUGACUGAAGCUACACACUUAGCAACCGCUUUAAAGGUGAUUACUCAGAAUGAGAGUGUAGAAUAUACGGGUAAAAGUGAACGAAGGAGAAAAGCUGCUGUUUUGUCGAUUGUAAAAGUGGAAAAAUCAGUUAUCGGAACUUUUCUCGACCGUCGAGACAGUCCUCGUAAUAUUGACAAUAGUUUGCGAAUUAUUCCAUGA